UCUUCUGACACAUACACACGCACACUCACCCCCCGACACACACUCAGCACACUUCUCCUCCAUCUGAUUAACAGUCCAGCAUGCACAAGGAUUACGGAAAGGCGUAAAUAAAUACGGAAAGGGUUGAUUAUUUUGACUACUGGAGGUGCUUUGCUGGGUCUCAGCGCAACUUUUGUUUUCAUUUACGGAGGUGAUCUCUCCAUGCAUUUCUCUCACACAAGGAUUCUUUAAAGGAGGAAGAAAGACCGAGAGAGAGAGAGGGGUGGGGGAGAACAGUCUUUCACUUUAAGACCGUCUGGGCUCACAGAUAAAAGGAAGGGGAGAGAGCAGCGGCUAGGAAUCCGCCGCUGCAAGCACCUCGGAGAGAGCGUUUUGGUACGUUUCUGAGCGCUGCGGCCCGUUUCUCCACCGAAGUUGGCUCCAGCUCUAGCAGCCGCAUUGGAUCCCACAGCUUACUGCGAGACUCCGGUGUACAAUCCGGAUCUCUGCCCCAACAUGAUCGCGGCCCAGGCCAAGCUGGUCUACCAUCUGAAUAAAUACUACAACGAGAAGUGCCAAGCCAGGAAAGCUGCCAUCGCGAAAACUAUCCGGGAAGUCUGCAAAGUAGUUUCCGACGUACUUAAGGAAGUGGAGGUGCAGGAGCCGCGGUUCAUCAGCUCUCUCAACGAGAUGGACAAUCGCUACGAGGGCCUCGAGGUCAUCUCCCCCACCGAAUUUGAAGUGGUGCUUUACCUGAACCAGAUGGGGGUGUUCAACUUUGUGGACGACGGCUCGCUGCCCGGCUGCGCGGUGCUGAAGUUGAGCGACGGGCGCAAGAGGAGCAUGUCCCUUUGGGUGGAAUUCAUUACCGCCUCCGGCUACCUCUCGGCGCGCAAGAUCCGGUCCAGGUUCCAGACGCUGGUGGCUCAGGCGGUGGACAAAUGCAGCUACAGGGAUGUGGUAAAGAUGGUGGCGGACACCAGCGAAGUGAAACUGAGAAUCCGAGAUAGGUACGUGGUGCAGAUCACCCCGGCGUUUAAAUGUACCGGGAUCUGGCCCAGGAGUGCUGCCCACUGGCCACUGCCCCACAUCCCCUGGCCCGGGCCCAACCGGGUGGCGGAGGUCAAAGCGGAAGGGUUCAAUCUCCUGUCCAAGGAGUGCCACUCCCUGGCCGGCAAACAGAGCUCGGCCGAGAGCGACGCCUGGGUGCUGCAGUUCGCGGAGGCGGAGAACAGACUGCAGAUGGGGGGCUGCAGGAAGAAGUGCCUGUCCAUCCUCAAAACCCUACGGGAUCGGCACCUGGAACUGCCAGGCCAGCCCCUCAACAAUUACCACAUGAAGACUCUGGUUUCCUACGAGUGUGAAAAGCAUCCCCGGGAGUCGGACUGGGACGAGUCUUGCUUGGGUGAUCGGCUUAACGGGAUUUUGCUGCAACUUAUCUCCUGCCUGCAGUGCCGGCGGUGUCCUCACUACUUCCUACCGAACUUAGAUCUGUUUCAAGGCAAACCUCAUUCCGCUCUGGAGAACGCUGCCAAACAAACGUGGCGGCUGGCAAGAGAGAUCCUGACCAACCCGAAAAGUUUGGAAAAACUUUAGAGGACAAUGUCAUCAAGAGCCGGAAUGUGAUUGCUCUUCUCAAAGACCUACUUCGGUGUAAACUUCCUGUUCGAUUCCUAUCUAAUAUUCCACUUGUCAGUGCAAACAAUCUCUUCCUUAAAAAGGAAUAACAAUACAAUGUUUAGGCAUCAUCUCACCCACUCCUCCAAGGGGAGAAAAAAAAAAGUAGGGAAAGCAGAUAGGGAAAGCGCAUAGAGAAAAAAAAAAAAGCAACCACCCAAACCCACAAGUAUUAGAAGACUCCUUUUACAAAGGAUUUCAUAUCUCCCUUGAAAAGUACACAGUAACACCCGGAAAACAACCCGGCUGUAAUGCAAGACCACAGAGAACACUCUGCCCAACUAUCAAAGGAUUAUAGCAAUCCUGGUGAUUUAGGUGCAUCUGUCUGUGAGUAAAAACCAUUUGGAUAUGCCAUCUGAAGGAAAGUGUAAUGUAUAUUUUGAUUUGUAACAAAUAUUGUGAUCUCACAUUGUCUUUGAAAGUGUGGAUGUUGGUGUUUUGUGAUUUGGUGAACAGAAGUUAAAUUGCCGUUUUGGAUACUUCCAGACAUUUUCCACUAACAAAGAUACCAUUUGAAGGUAGAUUUCCUCCAGGUACUUUUAUCUGUCUUUGAAAGUGUCUGAACUUUAAAAAGUUUACAUUUUGUUUCAAAUAUAAUGCUUGUUCUAUUUCUAACAUUCCAUAAAUAUACUUGAAAUGUUAUUUAAAUAUAUUCAAAGAAAUUUGAAUUCAGCUUAUAUAAUAACGCUUGAAUAUCUGAAUUAUAUAUUUGAAAAUGCACUUGAAAUACACUGGAUAACUACUUUUGUGACUUAGAUUUUAAUUUCUGUUGCUGGUUUUUAUUUAAUUAGAAGCUAAUAAAUGAAAUAAAAUAAAAGUUGUUGUGUCUCACUUUAAAUUGUUUUUCUAUCAAAAGAUGUAAUGUUUCAUUUUGGAAACUGAACCCACCUCAAUAUUUUCAAUAUUUUGAGGAGUAUGCUAGUGGAAUUAUUAAAAACAAAACCUUAAAAUACCAGAGAAAACUACAGAAGCUAAUGAUCUACUUAUAAGACUAUUUCUUUCUACAACAGACACAUUUAGAUCUACCCUUGAAAGUCUGCCCUUCUGAACUAGUUUCUGUAGCAUUUCUGAUCAUAUAAGGACAAAAUAUGUCAUGACAGCAAAGACUGUGGAGUUAAAAAUCAUACUAAUUCAGAGAAAGUGCAAAGUCGUAAUGAAAGUUUCAAAAUGUGUAUCUGAAAACUAACUGUGCUAAUAAAAUAAAGAUUAUUUCUGAC